UGUCACAAAUGAAAACAUAGCCCUUAGCUAUAAGCAUACAAGAUCCUACAUUCUGAGGUCUACAGUCCUGGAGUCACGUAGGAGCCUCAGAAUGUGUGUGGGAUCCUUAAACCAGAGGCCUGGGGCUGGGAGAAGGCUCCAGGCUGCAGAGACUGCCCUGGAGUCACUCUGGUGACUUCGGGAUACAUGAGUAAAACCACCUGCCAACUGUCCUCUGCUCCCAUACCAGAGGCACUGUCGCCACAGGGUUAUUAUAUCAUGAGCACCACUGAUUCCUGCCUCCUCGGGUCCAUCUCGGGAGCACAAGACCAGCUGUCUAGGGCCAAGGGGAUAGCAAAUGGUGUAGGCCUGGAGGCAGGUAAUGGGUCAGACCAUGUACAAAAGGGGCUGACCUAAGACACCUCCCUUUCCUUCAUGGUGCACUAUCAGCCGUGCAGUGGGAGCUACCAUGGAGUACAGCUGUGCUAUGGUUCCCCGAGUGUGCUCCAUGGAACGCAGUGCUGGGGAAGGCAAACUCUAUGCGCUAUCUCCCUCUUGGGAAGUCACUGUGUACUUCAACAGUAGACUAAGGCCUGCAGUGAAGACGCUUAUCAAUUUUUAACUCAAGUGUUCCUGCAUUUAUUUGACCUUAAAACAUUUUUAACACCUUCCGAACUACUGAUUCUCAGGACACAUUGGCAGGUCACAGCCCCUACACUUCACUGAUGGGCAGCCAAGGGUCCCAGGUGUCCCUCAGAUACCCUGACUACAGCUCAGGGCACAACCUGCCAGGUUCCACACCCCAUUGGGCCUGAGGCGGAGACAGUCUCAGGGAUCCCAGAGCCCAACCAGCUCCAGUCCUGAGCUCUGCCAAAGUGGACAUCAAGAUCCAGAAAGAAAAACGGUUUGCCCCUAUGUAAGGACAUUAACGAGGAAGAUUUCCUGCCCAGUACGGAUUCUUCCCCCAAAGGUUGCAACAAGUCCCUUUUCAAGUUCUUGAAGGUCUCUCACCAAAUGUCCCAGGUAUAGUUAAUAUGUCCCAAAUUAUAUACCUACUCAGUACCCUCCCUCCUAAGGUUCUUACCAGCCUGAUGCCCAGUCCCAUCCACUCCAGCCUCACCUACCUUCUAAGGACUGGCAGAACUUUCAGGAACUCAGUCUGGCCCUAUCUACCUAUCUACUGCUGAGUGUCCCCUGGCAUGGCAGACUGUACCCUGCACUGAGUUAGGCUCUGCUGGGUUAGGUUGUGGGUCAAAGCCACAAACACUCUCCAUCUGAGGCAGGAGAACAUGGCUGGACUCCCCUGGAAGAACAAGUGUCACAGUAGACUGCAGCACAUGUAAGGUCAGCUGGCCAGCGUGCAGACCACAUGCUUAGUGGGCCCUGCUUGCUGCCUCACACCCACUCAGGAAGAAAUUUUGAGGCCCUCCCCAGAACAGAGCCUUGACUUGGGUUGGAAAGCUGAUGUGCCCGGCUGAGUGCAAAGUCCAGAUGGGGUGUUCUAUCCUUCCACAGCGUGGAGUACUUAGCCUCCAUCCGAUGCUGAUGGAAGCCAAGGAAAGAACUGGACAGAGUCUUGAAAGAGGAAGACCCCCGAGCAGCAACAGCUGGUUAGGAUAGCAAAGCCACACUGAAACUCCCUUAUAGUCAUUGCACUUUUCACAGGAUUUCUUUUACUGCCGACUUACAAAGCCUGUCUGUGCUGGAGGAGCUCAAGCAUCCUGGAGGUGGUGACCUCUGUCUGCAAGACUUGGUUUCUGCUAAACUCCACCAGCCUGGAUGCUCUGCCUAGCUAAGGCAGGUCCACUCACGCUCAGGUGCAGCAAGGGCUCUUUCCAUCACGUGCCUAUGUGCUGCCUGUGCUGGAGGGCCACAGGGGGUGGCAGUCUGCUUUGAAGGUUCUGUCUCAAAAGGAUGGUGCUCUUUCCAGCAAGACGCAGCGAGAAAGUAUCCUACAUGCAGAACCUGUGGCCACCUUGGCAACCUCAUCACUUGCUUUGCUGCUUACUUUCUACCCUGGCCCCAGACCUGACUCUGAAUCCUCCCUGUUCAACAUCUCCUCCUGCUGCAUCUCCAAUUAUGGCUUCCAGAGCCUGCAGCCCUCACCAUGGGACAAACAGAACCACAGAACAUCAGUACAAGUGAGAAGCAGCUCGAGACCAACCUAGUCUACUCCAUACUUGAUGGCGGGGAAGCAGAGGUUCAGAGUAGGGCAGACAAACCAGGGGCUACACUGGCUGUUGCAUCCUGUCCAAAGUACAAAAAAUGUACCCAAAAUGAAACAAAAAAAAAAUGACAUAGGAUGAGAGAAACUCUGGAGGCUGUGAUAGGUUUCCUGAUUUUCCUGAAUUUGGGAUAAAAGUUGCCCUAGUCUGUUUUUUUCUCUUUCCCUACCCCAAGUAGGGACAGACUUUGUCUGUCUGACUACCACAUGACAGACAGUUUGGUGACCUGCAAGUGGGUGAUUCACAGAACAACUGCCGCCCCUGGCUCUCUGCCCCUGGCUGAGACCCUAUCCGAGGGAUGCUGGUGUGUGGGUGGGUGGGGAAUGUAGUCUCAAGGUUGUGAUUGGGGUGGAGAGUUUCCUUUUCAAUGGGAUUUCAAGCUGUGGGCCACAAUCCAUUUAGUGAGCCGUGAACCAUUUUGAUAGGCUGUGACCAAUGUAAAAAAAUGAAAAAAGAAAAUCUCAGUGCAGUAGCACACUGCGUGUUGUGAGGAUAAGCACUGUUUUAUGAGGCACUUGUUUUUGACUUUGCAGUAUACAUGUGUGCACACUUGGGCAGCCAUGGAAAAUGUAUUACUAUGGGAUGGGUAGAACAUUUUUAAACAGACGGGCAACAUAAGCAUGGCCACUAGAGGGCACCCUGUAUCCUACAUAGCUAUUUCCUUUUCCUUGCUAUUGAGGUAGUUUUCUCUGAAAAGCAAGAUAAACUCACUGCCCACAAGUGACGUACCUCCUCUCUGUGCUCCAGCUGUGGGACCUACUGCUAGCUGUGGCAGUUUCCUAUGCUGGCAGGCCACCACUUUCUGCUGAGUUUCUACCUCCGAGUCUGCAGCCCAGACACAAGUCUAUCAAUCUGCUCUUGCACCUGGGGGUGAUCAUCUGGGAGUCCGUAGGCAUCCCACUGCACACAACCUGUGCUUAAUAAACAUCUGCCUUAUGUAUCUCAGCAAAUUCUGUCCUGUCCCAAAUGCCCUCAAAGGAGGCCAUAACUGGUCUCCACUUUAGAAGUAAUAAAAAGAUGCGUCCAAGUGAGGCAGUGCAGCUCAAUGGCUCAUACCUUCCUGAGCGAGGGGGUAACAGUGGGUCUCUCCAGCUAACUCUCUGCAGCUGGAAUUUACAGUAUUUCUCCACCACAAAUCUAAAUGCAUUAACUUUUUUUUUCUUUUUUUGAGACAGGGUUUUGCUAUGUAGCCCAGGUUGGUCUGGAACUUGCGGUACUCCUUCCUGCCUCAUUCUCCCCAGUGCUGGGAUUACAGAUGCGUGUCACCAUUUCUGGCCUUAACCUGUUUUUCAUUUAAUUACUGUACAUCAAUCCUGCAGGCUUGCUGGGAAGCAGACCCUCUGCCUGUGCAGAACCACUGGCUGAGGGAUGCCUGGGGCCAUGGUGUCUUGCUGACACUCUCCUAUCUACCUUCUGCCUUGCUCAGCCCCAUGGUGAGGGGUGCUGCUUUGCCUAUCCUCAGGCUCCACCAGUCCCUCUGGUCAGCCUUCCUCCGGACAGCCUUCAGGGAACUGGAGGUCAUCGGGUCACACUGCACUGUCCAACACAGUGACCACUAGCCACAUAUUACUAUUUAUACUUUCAUCCAUCAGAAUUAAAUAAAACUAAAAAUGUGGCUCCCAGAUUGCCUUAGCCUCACUUCAAGGGCACAAUCAUGGCACGGACUGGCUGCUGGUGGCCACUGUGUUGGCCAGUGUGAUACAGAACACGUCCAUCAUGGCAGAAGGCUCCACUGGCAGUGCAGAUUUUGAAGACUAGGUUGAGCAUUCACUCUGGGAUGUGGGAGUAUCUUUUGAUUUUCAAUUAAAUUUAUUUUACUAUUAUUUAUAACUAAUUGUAUUAUUUUUAGUAGUAAGUUUUUACUAGAAAAUUCUUAGUUUUCCCUUUAAUCAUUAGCUUCCUUUUUGCCUAAAAACCAAGAAGAGCAAUUGUAGGAACCUGACUUCUGAUGACUUGGUGCCUAUGGUCUGUCCCCAACAAGCAAACCUGCAGCGCAUCCCAGUGACCAGCAUGGGGCGCCACUGGGCAAACCCUACCCCACUCACUUGUGGAUAUCUGGCUGGGAUACCUGUUUCUGUAGCCAUUAACUCAUCCUUCACAGCCGACACAGUAGAGCCUUGCAGCCACUCUUUUCCUCCCAACACCAAUACAUGCUUUAUCCUGGAUCUGGGAAGUGACAACCUAACAGCUUUGGGCUGGAGAAUGCCAGGUUUCUGGAAAAGGUGAGCAGGUCAACAUAGUCUCACUUCCAAGACCAAUCUGCAGCAGAGAUGCCUGCCACCUCCCUUUUAGUCUUCCCCUGGAUCUAUUUUGAAAGUGGUUACACAUUACAGGGAAAGUCCAAGACAGAUUUGAUUGGGUCUCACCCUAGGAAGUUUAGAGCUUUGUUUCAAAGGAAAGUAGUACCCUUGGAACAAUAACCACUGCUAACUGGCAGAUAAUAAAAGGCAUUUUAUAAAGGAGUUGAAAUAAAAUAUUGGCCUCCAAAAUGUGAUUGGUUUGGUUCCUUGAAUUUAGUUGCAAGUCUUCUGUUCUAUACAGAACUUUCUAUCAGAGAAGGGUUUUUGACAAAUGUGCCAUCCUUUCUCAACGAUACAUCUCUCCCUCUCCCUUCCAGAUAUGAGUAUACAGUCAUGGAGGGCAAUGGGGGCAGACCUCUGUUCUUCCCCAUGGAGUCCGAGUUGAUUGCUGAGAGAUGGGCACAGCCAAGCAAACUUGAUAAAGCUCAGGCCAUUUGAGCACCACCCCAGGACCCUGUCCUGAAUGGCAUGGUUGGCUUAUCCCUGGAAAAACUCAGGUGUCAAAGCUUAAAGAGUCCAGUAUCAGUUAGUCUUAUCUAAGCGGCUGUACUGUCCUGAGGUCUCUUUUGGAAGGGCAGGUAUUUUGACUCAUCUGCCCUUAGGUAUUUUGUUCAGCCUAUUUACUUAUCUACCUGUCCACCAUUUCCUGCAUUUGUGCUGCCUCUUGGCUCUUGCCCUUCAGGCACACUUCACUCAUCUGUACAGUUGGGAAGAAAGGGCAGUUUGAGCUAGUUAAUUCAAAAAAGGCCAGAAAACUCGCUGGCGGCCUUCAGAUCUUGACCAGGAACGGGGUAGGAGGCAUCCAGAUCAUACUUCGUGUCUUUGACGCCCCAUAUUAAAUGAGUGUGGGCUGAUCGCGUGGAUUCUGACCUAGGAUGGGGUAGGGCGGGUCUCUUAAGAGUUACCAGCCAAGGUUUCUUAAAUAUUCGGCGGAAACACAGACCACAUCACAAAGAAAUAGAGGCAGCUCUUGUGUGAGCAAACGCAACUCUGCACAAACAGGGGAUCUCUGCUGGUGAGUCAUUUACUUUUCCUCUUUGUUGGGCUAUUGAUUCCCGCCUGUAGCAUGGCACACACUGCCCAGGAUAUAGAGCUCAAUUGUGCUUGGCUCCGAUUCCAUCCCUGCUGUGGCUGACAUGAAGGUGGAGUUAGAGAACAGUGAGGACUGUCCCUGGGCACAUAGUGUUCAUCAGGAUGGACACCACGGCAGAGUAUGACUACAAAGACUUUGAGUUCUAUAACACUGGAAAUGACAGCAGCCAGGAACAUCAACGCUUCCUGCAUUUCAGCAAGGUCUUUCUGCCCUGCAUGUAUGUGGUGGUAUUUGUCUUUGGCCUGGUGGGGAACUCCCUGGUGCUGGUCAUAUACAUCUUCUACCAGAAGAUGAAGAGCCUGACGGACGUGUUCCUGAUGAACCUGCCCCUGGCUGACCUGGUGUUUGUCUGUACUCUGCCCUUUUGGGCCUAUGUGGGAUUCCAUGAAUGGGUCUAUGGUGAAGUCAUGUGCAAGAUCCUACGAGGCGUCUACACUGUGAACUUCUACACGUCCAUGCUCACCCUCACCUGCAUCACUGUGGAUCGUUUCAUCGCAGUAGUUCAGGCCACCAAGGCCUACAGCCAGCAGGCCAAGCGGAUGGUGUGGGGCAAGGUUAUCGGCGUGCUCAUCUGGGUGGUCUCCCUGCUGGUCUCCUUGCCACAGAUCAUCUACAGCAGUGUCCAGUAUCACGACAAGCCCAUCUGUGACUACCAGAAUGAAAUUUCGACUGUGGUUCUUGCCACCCAAAUGACUCUGGGAUUCCUCCUGCCACUGCUCACCAUGAUUGUCUGCUAUUCCAUCAUCAUCAAGAGCCUGCUCCGUGCUCGAGGCUUCCAGAAGCACAAGUCUCUAAAGAUCAUCUUCCUGGUAGUGGUUGUGUUUCUGCUGACCCAGACACCCUUCAACCUCGCCAAGCUCAUCCGGACCACAAGCUGGGAGUACUAUGCCAUGACCAGCUUUAAUUAUGCCAUCGUCGUGACAGAGGCCAUCGCGUACCUGCGGGCCUGCCUUAACCCUGUGCUCUAUGCCUUUGUUGGCCUGAAGUUCCGGAGGAACUUCUGGAAACUUGUGAAGGAUGUGGGCUGCCUCCCCUACCAGGGAGUCCCAAAUCAAUGGAAGUCCUCUGAGGACAAUUCCAAGACUUGUUCAGCCUCUCACAAUGUAGAAGGCACCAGCGUGUUCCAGCUGUAGGCCUUGCUGGACUUGGAGAAGCUGCUGUGGAAUUCCCAGGAACAUGACCGUGACCUCUGGAUGCAAUGUGCAAGGCUUUGUUUGUAGCAUGUGUGUUUUCACAGAGAAGUAACGCUGUGGAUGAUGUGAAAUGCUUCUUCUCAGACAUGAACAGACCCUGCUCUCUCAAUAUCUGAGCCAAAUGCUCUGGGUGCAGGAUUUAAAAUUUUUAAGGACUUUCCCCCCUCCAUUCCCAGGAAUACUGAGACCAAGGGAAUGACAUGUGACUCUUAAGAUUUCAGGGUCUCCUUUACAGAGCCUGGGACUGAAGGCUGACGAGGGGAACACAGCCAACAAAGUCCUUGAUGGCAGGUGGCAUGUUGGGUUCCCAAGUUCAGAAGACUCUUCUGACUAUUCUACUGACUACUUCAGCAGCCUUGAGAACAAGUGCUGGUCUAUGUGGCUCAGACCUUGGUCAUCAGACUUAUCAGGAAUAAGACCAGGCUCUGGUUUUGAUUUUUGUAUAGGUGGAUACUAUUGUUCAUUUUGAUUAAUCCCAGAAGGACCAGCACUGGGGUCUGCAAAUGGGCACAAAAAAAUUAACAGUUGGCUGAGAAUUCCAGAGAAUUCUAGAAAAGUGUACAAAACAGAACUUAAGACUGUAACAAAUCCAAGCAGAAUUUUUGGAGUGAACUCUCUGGCUUUGCUCAUUCAAAAAUGGAAUUAUCCAAUGUCUGCCCUCCCCCAUGUACAUAAAUUUGUACACACUUGAAUCAUGAGUUUUAUGACUAAGAAAUAAAACUUUUUAAAAGCCUCCAUACUACUUUUAUCUUUAGUUGCAUUCUAUGUUAAUGUAGUAUGCCUGAAACAUACAAAAGAAAAAAACUCCACAAAACCCAGUUACUUCUGGGCUCAGAGCAAAGGAAGUAAGUUAAAUUUCUGGGCAAUGAUCUAUGGAGGAAAUGGAAUAGAUCAGUGGUAACAACCCUGCUCUUUCAUUGUGGUUUCCAACCUCCUACCCCAAAUGUGGGGUGCAUUUAAUUUCUAUAAUAUGGUCACAGGAUGAGGUAUGGUUUUAAAUGUCAGACUUCUGUAAAUGUUGAUUAGAUCCUGUUGAAUAGUCUUAAAGACGUUUGUUGGGUUUAUGCAUCCCAAAAUAUAGAGAAGCACCUGAUAACAGCUGAGUGGAAGGGACAGAGGCAGGCCAGAACUGACUGCACUUGCGGUUUGGGAGCUAGAGAUGAUAGGCCAGAGUUGAAUGCCUGUCACUCACCAGUUGGUAAGGCCUUGGGCAAAUCACUUACCCUCUGACCACCUGCUUCCUUUCUUUUUGGUGAAACAUGGAUCAUGGUAGCACCAACUCCUUAGUGUUGGUAUGAGGAGGACUUGAGACAAUGCAUACCAAAAACCUGGCACAAUUUGCAUUUGAUGGUAAAAAGGCUCCACAUUUCUUAUGAGAACUAGUGUCUGUCCUGAGGGGGAGGGCGUCCUUCCUGUGUGCCUUCAGAGAUGUGGGGUAUGUCACAUGCACCCUGGCCCACAUGAGCUCCAGACCUUGGAGGGCCCACAUGGUCCUGCACACUAGUUCACAAACACACCUGCAUGAGCCCAGGUACUUCCUUGCUGUGUUCAGGUCACACAGAGCACUGAGCUCUCCCUCAAAUGACCAAGCCUGCCCCAUGCAGGGUGACAAGGCUGACAAUUAUCCUCUUAAUUGGUUUCCAACAGGGAGUUGUUAUGACCUUCCCUUGUCUCCCUUGUGCAUUCAUCUUAAUGUAGACCGCUUCUGACAGAGGAGCCACUAGGUUCUGGCUUCCCACAGUGUCCUAGCCCAAGAGGCAGAGGCCUGAGUGGGAAGGAAGAAGUUAAAAAGUCGAAGACAGGACCCUGUGGCAUCUGUACAAGUCUCCCUAGGGAAGCAGGGCUGGGUGUCCAUAGUGUUCAGUGACAGUGCAACUCCCUGUGCACUCCUGAGCAAAAUGAUGAGAGCUGAUGCUCCCAUCAUCUUCAAAGUUGGGUCCACCAUCCACAUCCCUGGUGAUAAUACCUCGCUGGCCACUGCAACAGAGGGGCCCUGCUGGGAUCACUGGGCUUUCCUUGACCAGCUGCCUGCCUGCUGAGUAAGGCAAAUGAAACGGAGUACCUGCCUGAGCCUGCUCUCUCUCAGGUUCCUGACAAAAAUGUUCAUGUUGGCUUUUCUCCAGCUUGGGAACACCUGCCUGCCUGUUCCCAGGACAGCACAACUGCACCUCUGUCUCCUCAUCACCUGUUGUUGCACUCUCUCAGCACUUACCUGCUACUCUCAGGGAGAUUAUCAGCCUCCACUCUUCCGGGUCUGGGUUAUCACUGGCACAGCACGUGUAGGGCUUCAUGUUUGCCCCUCAAGCCACACACACUAUAGCCCAGGAAGCAGAAAGACACUGCUGUUCUCAGAGGAGACUGAAGUACGGAGAGAAGAGCCAGCCCUUUUCCUCACUGCACUUGGUGUUUGCAGCAACUGCCAAAUGGCAGGUUGUCAAGGGAGGGCUGGGAGAGGGGCUAACUGGGUGUGGAUCCUGCUGGCGUCCAGAUUGCCCUGACUUCAGGGUCUGAGGGCAAAGAAUGCAUGCCUCCCCCACAAGAUUCAUGACUCUUGAGGACAAAGGCAGCACUUACAGGAUUCAGCACCAGAGAUAUGGGAGAGGCAAUGGAUGGCUGUGUUGCCGAAUGCAAGGUGAUCCCACUCCAAGGGGCUAUAUGGCUACUAAGAGUUCUCAGUGAGUACCCUGGACCAGGACAUGGUACCAUAGGAGAGCAAAGCUGAGGGGCAGGGGCUGGGUGAGGAGCUCAGGGUCCAGAAGCAGUUCAGUAGUAACCCAGGCCUUAUCCUCUGGGGGAUCUCAAGGCAGGUACCCUGGCCAGGUUGCCCCACUUUUCAGAUAAGAAAACCAAAGCUCACGCAACACAGCAAGAAUUUUGCCUGCUGAAGACAACCUUUCUCUGCUCCCGCAUGUUGGCUACAGUGGUUUCAUGCAGCUGACAGACCGCAGCAUGCCUACCAAUCCUGUACUCAUCUGAAGGCAAAGCUGUCAGGUCAACCCAAACACAAGGUGGUUUUCUAACCUUAACCAUUAUCACCAUAUCCUGUUCUUGUUUGUUUCUGAGAUACCAGGCAUCAGAUCCCCUGGUUGGUGACCAGCGUUGCCCUAAGCUAAGCACUCUGACCACGAAGCACUGGUUCUGAAGCAAUUAGUGGUAAGCAGCCUGGGUAGGGGGUGAGUUUUAGCUCACCAGGUGUAAUAUAGAAAUUUAGAGGUGUUUUCCUUGGAGAAGAUGACAAGGCUACAAGGUGUAACUGAGGCUUGCAAUAGCAGACAUGCACAGCUCAGCCAGACAUCACAACUUGGUGUCAACAUCUGGAAAACAAUACACUUCCAUGGAAAGCUCCUCAUGCCACACCCUGGCUAAGUGCUUCACACACAUGGCUCUCAUCAUCUCUUCCUAACAACAAGAGGGUGGGUGCGCUUCCAGUCUCCUCUGCACAGGUGAUGGAACUGUGUUUGGGGACUGUACUGCCAGGGCCAUGGAACCUAGAGGUGGAAGGCCAGGAACCUGUCCAAGUGUAUUGAGUUCUAGAGCUCAAGCUCUUCACCACCAACAGCCUGAGCAUUUGGUGGCCAGGAGGGGAGGCCAUGACUUGGUAGGAGCUGAGUAGAAGCCAAAGGAGUCCAAGCCCAGUGCCCCUGCUUGCUGGCUCUUGCCCUACCUCUCACCCUAUAUGAGCUGCCUGCCAGCUGGGCCCUGAGAGCAGCUGCUCUCUGGGCAGUAGAGAUAGCAGAACAGGUCUGGCCAACUGAGGGAGAGGGCAUGCAAGGUGUGUUUGGAGGAUUCUCUCCGCCAUAGGUGAGGGGCCACCACUGGGGCUGAGCUGGGUGUGAAGAUUUCUGGGAGGUCACUUAGGGAACCCAUCAUGCCAGGUCUCCUCGUGAGGGUGAGGCUAGACUUGGGGGCCUCUUCUUGUCUUAUCACUACCAAAAGGGGCCAGAUAAACUACCACUCAGUGCCAGAAUGUGUGUGUGCAUGGAGGAGUGGAUGUGGCAGGAGUGGAUGGGCCAGGCAGGGUUUUGAUAGGUAGAUGGGAAUGUGGUGAAGGCUGAGCCCUCCCAGCUGAAUGUUAAGCCUCUGGCUGGAGGGGGGAGUUCUGGAUGUGAACCUCAUCAUAAGCUCAGACGCUUAUGUCAAUGGGACAAGCCAUCUGGCCUCACAGCCUUCAGCUUCUUCACUGUAAAAUGGGAUAAUGCCUUUGCCUUAAAAGGCAGCACUGGCCCCAAGUGAGGCUGGGUCAGGGAAAAAGGGAUCAGAAAGUGCUCAACAAUUGCUUUAAACAGUUCUAUGUCCAAGGGCCUUGUUCUCCCCAAAGGUUUGGUCUUAGUGUUAGUCUCUACUGGGUUAUGUCUGAUCUUGGAUUUGCUAACUUUCCUACCUAGGUUUCCUGCCACAGAUGUUCAGGCCACUUCACAGCUCUUUAUCUCCCACACUUUCUCAGACUCUUCAUGUUUUUUAUUUGGUCUUAAACUCAAGAAGAAAAAGAAUGCACGGUGAAGCUACCAGAUAUUCUUGGGUUUAUCUCUAGCUAACACACAAAGGGGAGUCUAUAAUGGGGCCUUUUGCUGAAGUGAAGAGGUGGCUUUUCCCCCUAACAGGUAAAGUGCAGGGCCUGCAGGUUCCCAUCAAUCAGUCCCAGAUCUGCCUUGGAGGCUAGCACACUGGUGGUUUCCUUUCCCUGGAAUACUUCCCAAUUUCCCAAGACCAAAACCAUAUGUAUUUGUCAGCAGUCAGAAUGCCUUCUGUUUUUGUUCCUACUGGGGAAGGGGAAGAGGAAGGGUGAGGAGAGAGGAAGAUGCAGGGUGGUCACCUUCUCAUGCAGUGUACAGGAGGCAGCAAGACACCUUUCAACCACUGGUACCCCUCAGGCCCCCAGGCUCCUGGUCCUGCUCAUGUGACUACCUACUUCUCUGCUUGUCAGGUGAUGAGGGCUGUGUAUAGCUUAGUAGUGAGAGAAUGGAACAUGUCCUGGGGCCCACUGGGCCAUGGGGCUAGGAACACUGCAGCCUACAAGGGCCUGGGAGGCCUUCAGAGGGGGUGUCCCAAGGGCCCACAGCUGCAGAAGCAACAGUGAGUAGAGGCUGUCUUGGAUUGAGUGAUAGGGGACUUUGCUCGUGAGCCAGCACAAUGAAUGCAGUGACAUCUCCAGUCAGGGAACAUAGGGGCAUGGACAAAGCCUAAAGUCUCCUGAGUCAGGAGGACCCUCCCUAUGGCAGAGAUGGGAAUGACCAGUCUGCCAGGUGAAUCCUCACCCUCCUCUGCAUUCUGGGCAGAAGGAUGGUGAUAGAGGCCUCAGCAUGAGUCAGCAGGAGCAUCAUGUGUCCUUCACUAGGGGGAAGCAAGCCAAGCAAAAUCUGGACCUGAGGGCUGCAAACUCUUUUUCAAGCAUCAGAACAGCCAGCAUUUUUCUGCAGAAACCACACUGAGCCAUACCCAGGCAAGGACCUUUUUCUGUGAGUCCCCUGGCAUAGACUCUUGACAUUUUAAUAUGGUGGCACUUUGUGCAGUUUUAAAAAUUUGCCCCCCUGCUGCCCGGCUAGCUCAGUCAGUAGAGCAUAAGACUUAAAAAUUUGUCCCUGCUCAUUCAAUAAACAUCAAAAGAACAAUCCAAUUAAUAAAUGGGCAAAUGAACUGAAGAGACAGUUCUCAGAAGUACAAAUGGCUACUAAAUGCAUGAAGAAAUGCUCACAUCCUUAGUCAUAAAGGAAAUGCAAAUCAAAAUGACGCUGAGAUUCUAUCUUACCCCAGUCUGAAUGGCUACCAUCAGGAAAACAAACAACAGGGACUGGUGGAUGGCCAGGUAGUAGAGCCCAGCAAGUGUGAAGCCCUGAGUUCAAACCCCACUGCCACCAAAAAAAGAAAAAGAAAACAACAACAAAUGCUGGCGGGG